CCGAUAUUAUUUAAAGCAGGAAGAGUUCUUGCUCAUGAUACUUAGUCCUACUUCGAUUCGUCAAAAACAUCAUUUUAAGAUGCCUUCAGGAAUUCAGGUCAGGCUUGUAACAGAGCACAUGAAAUAUUUGGAGCAACAGAUACAAGUUCUGGAACCUGUUAUAGGAAAUAUGAAAAAUGUUGUUGCAAAAAGUAAGGCGUGGCUAGAAGAAAAAACUGACCAAUCAUCUGUCAGCUACAUCGAGCUAUCACAAGAACUGGACACAGCAGCCACGGCCUUGUUGGAUGUGACGUCACAUAUUUUAGAUAAAGACAACAAGGAUGUCAACAAACCAACGCCAUCUUUACCACAGCCUGACACACAGACAACAGCAACAUUUCUCACAGUAGAAUCACCAAGACAACUCAUCACACAAGUUCAACACACAGCUGUUGAAGAACAUCCUGACCUAGAGCGUAGACUCGCCUAUAUUGAAACAACACUAUCUUCACUACGGGUCACUCAACACAAGUCUAUAGAUGACAUAUCAGAAAUAAAACAAUGGAGAGACAACUUUGUAACAGAACAGAGUGACUUGGGGGUAAACAUUGAACAACUGACUAAAAAACAAAAGCAGAAUUUUAAAAAUCUUAGAAAACAAAUGAGUGAACAAGAUAACAAAGUAAAGGAGCUGAACAAAGAAAUUGAAAUUUUAAAAGAAAAAGAAACCAUGUCAAACAAAACACUAGAGAAACUGACUCUAGAUAUGAAAGAAUAUGAAAACAAAGUGCGCAAAAUAAACAAAGAGAUGCAAGAUAUAAGAGACAGUAUGAAAAAAGAAAUUAAAAGCCAUUCUGAUUUGAUUGUUUCCUUACAACAUGAAAAUAAAAAAAACAUUGUCAAAACAUCAACCCAAUUUGAAAAGCUGCAAUCAAAGAACAAUGUGAUGUACAAACUCCUACAACAAAGAUUGAUGCCCAUUGACAAACUGAUUCAAAUCUUUAACCAGAACUUGGAAACUAGAGAAGAAAAAUUAAAUAAGAUGGGUGAACUUGAACAUACUAUUUCAAAGUUGUCUAACGAUUUUCAUCUCAUAGAUUCACGUGUAUGUAACAGAUAUGCUUGUCAUGUACAGUUUGCUGAUCCCACACCUGUCAGUACUGGAUCAAUUAUUUCAAAGUUUAAAGAAGUACGUGAAUAUAACGGUCAACAUUUUGAUCAAACAACAGGAACAUUUGUAUCACCACAUGAUGGUUUAUACCUUGUCUGUGUAACUCUAAUUGAAUAUGAAGAUAAACUGAAUAUAGUUGGUGUGAUGGCUGGAGGUACGUGUUGGGAGGCUAUAGUAGUGAAUUCUGCUUCUACAAGCACUGCUGGGUCAGUGGUUGUUGACAUGAAGAAAGGUCAAGAACUUUACUUUGAAGUGAUUCACGCAGAUCUAGACGCAAAGUUAUCCGACUUGAGUAGUUUUACAAUCGUUAGUUUAUAGAAGUUCAACACAAAACAUGGUAGAUGGUAAAUUCUCAAAACAAUAAAAUAUGUAACCACCAUGUUAAACACACGCUAACAACUUACUAUAUGUUUAGAUUACAUGUUUACAUAAACUAUAAUGGUUUAUAUGUUAUUUGUUUAGUCAUCAUUACACAUCUAAUUCAAUGCCAUCAUCAUCUUUUCUGUAUGUGAGCGCUAGAUGUAUGAUUAAAAUGUAUUGUUUGAUUUGCAUACCUACAUUUUCUGUGAAAAGAUGAACGUAUUGUUCUUGUUGAGUAUGUAAUUAAAAUCUAGAACUUUGACACAAAUAAAAUUAACGAUUUAAAACAUGAAGGCUUGAAUACAUUUACUAGACAAAUUCAAUAUUUAUCUUAUUAAAAAAGCAAAUCCAAAUUAUGAAUUUGUCAAGAAAAAAAAUGUUUUUGCUAUAGGCCUACUGGAAGUAACUG